CCAGAUUUAUCUGUUCUCUGGCGGAGAAACUCUGAACGAAUUUAAGUUUAUGCGUGAAUAUGGGUGGUUUGGUUAGGAAGAUGGCUUCCUCUGGUUCAGAGUCUGGAGAUGGUUCUUGCGAUUUAUCGAAGUCUCCCAUAUUUACAAAUAUUGCACUCAGCAAUAUUCGUAGCCAAGAAACUAAAGGCGUGCCACUUCAAACUCCAUGGACAUUUUGGUUGGACAAGUCAAUUCCAGGAUCCACAGCAGCUGAGUACCAGGCAACGCUAAAGAAAAUCUAUACUGUGAGCACAGUACAGGGUUUCUGGGGUGUGUACAACAAUAUUCCAAGUGUGGGUGAUUUGCAAGUGCGAUACAGUUACCACUUGAUGAGAGAUGAGCACAAACCUUUGUGGGAGGAGUCCUAUAACCAGCGAGGAGGCACCUGGCGCCUGAAGUGUUUCAAAAAUGAUACGACCAGAGUGUGGAAGGAACUACUGCUGGCAGCAAUAGGAGAACAGUUCAGUGACAGUAUAUCAGAAGGGGAUGAGGUGUGUGGUGUGACUGUGUCAGUGCGGGAACGUGAUGAUCUGGUCCAGGUAUGGAACAUAUCUGCUGAACUAGCAUCUGAGGCAACAAUACUACAUAAAAUUCACAGGCUUCUACCAGAUGUCAACUUCACAACUGAGUUUUACAAAUCUCAUCAGACUCAUCAUGCUUAUGAAGGGGGAAAGUCAGCGUGAUUUCAGAUAGCCAUAGUGCAAAUUAUGUGAUGAAUUCAGUAAGAUGUCAUAGUAAUAAUUACAAAUUAAAGGGAAAACAGAGCUAACCUACUCAUGUCAGCUAAAUUCCAGUUUUUCAGUCCUCUUCAUUCCUGUUAUUUUCUUCACGAUAAAUUUAUUUUUCAAGUUAGCAAAUUUUUAAGAUAACAUUUCUGUUAAUAACAAUCUUCACAAUGUUUUCCUAAAGGUUUAUGAUGAAGGCAUUUCACUAAACUGGUGUAUGGUAUUGGGCAUUCAGACAUUUUCUUUUGUGAACUGGAAAUUAAAAACUUUUUAAAGAUCCAUUAGAAGCUGGCUCUGCACAACCUAUUCAGCUGGGUCCAUUGGAAGUGAUGAUAGUUUGGAUGAUAUACAUGAAUUGCUGAUUGCAGUUGAUAUUUCGAACACUUGAUAUAACAUUUGUUUUUGAUUUCAGUGUAAUUUAUUUUUUGAUAAAUUUAACAUGUGUCAGGAAUGGGUUGUGUGACUUUUCUAUCACCCUAUAAUUCAGAAUGUUGAAAAAUUAAAUUAAGAAACAAAUUUCUUUUCUUUACACAUCAUUUGCACAGCUUUAAUGAAUAGUUUCUCAAUGGCUAAUUAUCUAUUGACAUGUUAAAUAUUUCUGUAAAUGAUUGUUAACAUAAUGAACAGGACUUGGGUGGGGGGAGUCUGUAUUUUGCUUGUGAAAGUGUAAUAAUACAAUUCAUGCAUCAGUCUGGAAGGGUCAGAAGACAGGUGGUUGGUGGCCUCUGUUAAAAUUUCCUUUUUUUAUGAUAUUCUUAUAUGCUGUUUUUGUUUAGAGACAAUAAUUAGAUUUUGAGUAACUUUAUACAUACACUUAAUUUGAAACUGUCGUGCUGUCGUGAUUUGUCCAAUACACUUCAUACACGGAAAUGCAUUGUCAACGUACAAGAACUUUACUAGUCUUAGAGUUCUGCUUUGCAAUCACUGCCAAAUGAGAAUGUUUUUGAAUACAGCAGAUUAGUUUGAAUUUAUGAUUUGAAUGUUGUAAGGGUAUAAUACAUCUGUAAAUGAAUUUUGUUACUCUAUCCACCCAGUCUGUUUCUGUAGGACACACACCAUGUGAUACUUCAUUGAACCAAAGGACACGUGACCAAGGCGAUAUGAAUAAAAGUGGUUUUUUUUUUUGGGGGGGGGUGGGUAGACCAAGCAAGUUUUUUUCUCAAUCGUAACAGGUACAGAUUACAUUUCAUAAAAUUAAAUCAGUCAGUGAGUUAACAUGGCAUAAGUUAAAUCCUGGGGUCCGAAGUGGCCACGCGGUCUGAGGCGUGGGCCUUGUGCCGCUUGGUCACUGGGACCGUGGGUUCGAAUCCCACUCAAGCCAUGGAUGAUUGUCCGCGUUUUUCUGUGUUGUGCU